UCAAAAUGCAAUAUUUACAACAAAUAAUUAUUAUGCAUUUAUUAGCUUCAAAAGCGUUUGCAGAUAAUGUUAAUGAAAAUUUUCCACAAUAUCCAGAAACAGAAACGUUUGAAAAAAGCUAUGAUUUUAUCAUUGUGGGAGGUGGGAGUGCUGGAUGUGCGUUAGCAAAUCGUUUAAGUGAAAUAGAAAAUUGGAAUAUUCUUCUAAUAGAAGCUGGUGGUUAUGAAAAUAAGAAACGUAUGGAUAUUCCCGGUUUGGCAAAUCGCAAUCAACGAUCAUAUUUUGAUUGGAAAUAUGUAUCCGAACCUUUAAUGGAAGCUAGUUUAAGUUUAAUUGAUCAAUCGGGAUAUAUUCCACGUGGUAAAGUUCUAGGUGGUUCAAGUGUUUUAAAUCAUUUGGUAUACCAUAGAGGUGCGCCUGCAGAUUAUGACCGCUGGGAAAGUGUAUAUAAAAAUCCAGGAUGGGGUUUUGAUAAUGUUGAGAAGUAUUUUAAAAAAUUGGAGGAUGUUGACAUUGAUAGUCUGGGGAAUGUUUUCACUCCAGAAAAUUUACCUGAUUAUUUUGGUAAUAAUGGUCCACUACAUGUGGAAUGCGCUGAAUAUCGUAGCAGAUUAUAUCCAGCAUAUAUUGCUGCAGCACAUGAAGCAGGUAUUCGAUCUGCUCUUUUGCUUGGUCCUAAUCAAAUUGGUAUUGCAUGCGCACCAAGAACUAUUAAAGAUGGCUAUAGAUUUAGUGCAAACAGAGCAUAUUUAGUACCAAUUCGUCGAAGAAAUCUUCAUUUAAAACUUAAUUGCUUGGUUACUAAAAUAUUAUUUGAUGAAAAUGUAGCUAUUGGCGUUGAAUUCGUUUGUUCCAAUCAAAGUUAUAAAACUUACACCAAAAAGGAAGUUAUUUUAUCAGCUGGUGCCAUCAAUUCCCCACAAUUAUUGAUGUUGUCUGGUAUUGGACCUAAACUACAUUUAGCUGAACUUGGAAUACCGUUACUAAAGGAUUUGCCUGUGGGUCAGAAUUUAAUGGAUCAUGUUGCUAUUUUAGGAUUACAAUUUGCAAUAAAUGAAUCACCAUAUCGAGAAGACAUGGAUACACAAGAGCAACAAUUUUUUUAUAAUCAAACGGGUCCGUUGUCCACGUAUGAUUCUGAAGCGGUGAUUUUUUCACAUCCAUUUGAAGGAAUUCAACGUAACGAAGAAUAUAUUGUUACUGCAGCAUUUGAUCACGAAACUUGUUCUCUUUAUCAUAUAAGUCCAGAAACAUGUGAUGAAAUAUUUUUACCAAAUAAUCAAAGUAAAAGUGCGUUUAAUAUACAGCCAGUAUUGUUUAAGCCAAAAAGUCGUGGUUAUAUUAUUUUACGCGAUGCGAGUCCGUUUUCCCAUCCACGAAUAUUCUCCAAUUAUUUAACACAUCCUGAUGACGUCGCACAACUCCUUGUGGGUAUAAGAGAAAUUCUUCGAAUAGUUCAACAGCCAGCUCUAAGAUCAUUUGGCACAACUUUACACAAAAAUAAACUUUCUGCAUGCGAGCAAUAUGAAUUUAAUUCCGAUGAUUAUUGGAUAUGUCAAAUACGACAUUUGACAACGACACUUUAUCAUCCAAGUGGCACAUGCAAAAUGGGUCCUCAUAAUAGUUCUAGCGCUGUUGUUAAUGCAGAUUUACGUGUGCAUGGUACAGAAAGAUUACGUGUUAUUGAUGCCAGUAUUAUGCCUGAAAUUGUUGCUGGACAUAUAAAUGGUCCUACAAUAAUGAUUGCAGAAAAAGGUGCUGAUAUUAUUAAAGAAUUUUGGAGAAAUGGUGGCGUAUGAUUGUAACUUAUUUGUGAGAGUAUUUUUAUAAACAGUUUAUUUUUAGUAAAUUCAAUUCCAAAAUUUGAAAGCUUUUUUUAUUAUUCAC